UUGGCAAUUCCCAUCUCUCCUACUCUCCUACUUCAUAUUCAUCUGCUUCUUAUUAUCUUAUAUCAAAGGCAUGGGGUUUGCACCUGAAACCCUAAUCUGUCUUCUUUGUGUCAUUCUGCUCUUGCCUGCACCAUCUACUUCUCAAGACACUUUUACACGCUCAAGAGCAACCUACUACGGUAGCCCUGAUUGCUAUGGGACUCCAAGUGGAGCUUGUGGGUUUGGCGAAUUCGGAAGGACUGUCAAUGAUGGCAGUGUGGCUGGAGUUUCCAGGCUCUAUAGGAAUGGAACUGGCUGUGGUGCAUGCUAUCAGGUACGGUGCACAACACCAGAAUAUUGCAGUGAUGAAGGGGUGAAGAUAGUGGUGAGUGACUACGGCGAAGGAGACACAACCGACUUCAUCCUCAGCCCACGUGCCUUCGUGAGGUUGGCACGUGCCAAUGUGGCCAAGGAGUUGCUGGCUUACGGCGUCAUCGACGUCGAAUACCGGCGGGUCUCAUGCCAAUACUCCGGUCACAACCUCAUGGUUAAGGUCCACGAAAACAGCAGAUUCCCUCACUACCUCGCUUUACUCGUUAUUUAUGUUGCUGGACAAAAUGACAUCACAGCCGUUGAAUUGUGGCAGGAGGAUAGCCAGCAAUGGAGGGGGAUGCGUAGGGCAUACGGGGCGGUGUGGGACAUGGCUAACGCACCAACUGGAAGUGGUUCGAUAAAGUUGAGGUUCCAAGUGUGUGGCAGCGCGGGUACAAAGUGGGUGCAGUCGAGAAAUGGUCUGCCGGGAGAUUGGAAGCCUGGGGUUGCUUAUGACUCGGCCAUUCAGCUUGUCGCUUAAUUAAUUAAAUUAAAAGCGAUUAAUGGAAAAUAGUUAUUUGAAUAUUUGUUUUCAGUAAUUGGGAAAAUAUCCUAUUAGUGUGUGCUUUGUGGACGCAAGUGUUCUUUGCGUCGCUCUAAAUAAAUGAGAGAUUGUUGUAGUAUGAUGCACUAGUGAGAGAGACUAUGAAUAUGAAUCAUGAUUAAUAAAGCUUUUCUUUUCGGGAA